ACGCAGCCGGCGCGUCGCGGCCGCAGUGCAUGCUGGGAUAUGGCGAGCGCACUCAGCUCCUCCCCACGUGUUUGAGCGACAGCAGCGCUGCGAUCAGCAUCAUCUCAUGCACACUCUCACAGACAGACUCAGAGAUCCUCACACCGAGCAGCGGGGGAACAUCACGGCAACAGCGCGGAGUUUGGAGCGUGAGCGUCAGAUCAGAUCGCCGCUGCAGCUUCAGGCUUCUGGUGGUUUAGUGGACCGGCGAGGCCUCGGUUUGAAAUCCACUAGCGGCGGUUCCUCCGGUCUUCAUUAUGGCCAGCGGAGAUGAUGACGAUCCAAUUAUACAAGAGAUUGACGUGUAUCUGGCCAGAAGUCUUGUGGAAAAGCUGUAUUUGUUCCAGUACCCAGUGCGUCCUGCUUCUAUGAGCUAUGAUAAUGCAGCGCAUUUGGCAGCCAGAAUUAAACCCAAGCAGCAGAAAGUUGAGCUCGAGGUGGCCAUGGACACCAUGAGUCCGAACUACUGCCGCAGUAAAGGCGAGCAGAUCGCGCUCAAUGUGGACGGCACGUCUUCGGAGGACCCCAGCGUCUACUCGAUGAAAAUGAUGGACAAGCAAACGUUCUCCUCGAUCCAGGCGACCACGAACACGUCCCGCUUCGCUGCGGCUGUGUUUCACAAAGGAGAGCUUCAUCUCACUCCACUGCAGGGAAUCCUCCAGAUGAGACCCAGCUUCACCUACCUGGAUAAAGCUGACACUAAACAUAGAGAACGAGAGGCAGCCAACGAAGCUGGAGACUCUUCUCAGGACGAAGCAGAAGAAGAUGUUAAACAGAUCACUGUGAGGUUUUCCCGGCCCGAGUCAGAACAGGCCCGUCAGCGCCGCAUCCAGUCCUAUGAGUUCCUGCAGAAGAAACAGGCUGAAGAGCCAUGGGUUCACCUGCAUUACCACGGUAUAAAGGACGGACGUUCUGAGCACGAGCGCCAGUAUCUUUACUGUCAGGCCAUGGAUGCCACAGAGAACACAGAACUGGUGAAAACACCGCGUGAAUAUCUGGCCAUGCUUAUGCCUCCACUGGCUGAAGAGAAAGUCAUCAAGCCCAUGGGUCCCAGUAACGUGCUCUCAAUGGCCCAGCUCCGCACGCUGCCUCUGGGUGAGCAAGUCAGGACGCUGAUGAAGAAUGUCAAGGUGAUGCCGUUUGCCAAUCUGAUGGGGCUGCUGGCCUCGGGAACGGACUCCACCGUUGUACUGCGCUGCAUCCAGCAGGUGGCGCUGCUCGUCCAGGGAAACUGGGUCGUGAAGAGUGAUGUGCUGUAUCCCAAAAACACCUGUAGCUCACACAGCGGUGUUCCUGCUGAAGUGCUCUGUCGUGGUCGAGACUUUGUGAUGUGGAGAUUCACCUUAGAAAGAACCCUGAUGAGAAAAGAGGUCGCUGCCAUCAUUAAGCUUCCUCCAGAGGACGUGAAGGACUUCCUGGAGCAGAUGUCGGUCCCUCGAUUAAACCGAGGCUGGGAGUUCCUGCUGCCCACAGAUCAUGAUUUCAUCAGAAAGCAUCCUGAUGUGGCUCAAAGGCAGCAGAUGCUUUGGCUGGGCAUUCAGUCUAAGUUGGAAAAAGUGUUUAACUUCUCCAAAGAUGACUUUGUGGCUAAAAAGGAUGCUCGGAUGGCGCCCGCUCACGUCAGCGGAGAUCAGCGUCUGAAAGCGGCGAGGGAGAGCGCUAGAGAAAACCACGCCCUCAUGCAGAGGGAGCUGGACUCUCGGAGACCGAAGGUGUCUACAAACACGGGCUCGUCCGGUGAAUCUAGCACCCCGGUGCAGGUCAAACAGGAGCCCAUGAGUGACUCUGAAGAGCCCAUGGACACAAACGGCUCGAUCAACGGUUACCCCGACCCUACCUCUCCACUCUCGGACCCUCAUAACGGACACGGUCACGGUCACGCCUUCACCCCGGAGCUGCAGGAGUUUGUGCGGAGCACCUUCCGGAAGCACUAUGUUUUGUGCCUGAGUGAAGUGAAGAGGCUGUUUAACCUGCAUCUGGCCAGUUUGCCCACGGGUCACUCGGUGUACGGUCACGUGACGGACCGCAUGCUCCAGGACACCAUCCUCCAGAGCCAGUGCAAACAGAUCCUGGUGCCUUUUCCUCCUCAGAGCAAUGCUACGGCAGACGAGCAGAAGGUCUUCGGCCUGUGGGAGAGCGGAGAAACUUUCGACAAGCACCGCCAGGUUCUGUUCGAGAUCUUCAUGAAGAACUAUCGCGUCAGAAGAAGCGUGAUCCAGACGCGCCUCACUCAGGAGCUCAGUGACGCCGCCACCAAAACCGACGUGGAUCGACUGCUCAAGGAGUGCUGCACGAGUUUGGGAGGGAUGUGGUAUCUGAAGGGAACCGUUCCCUCCUGACGGGACAGCAGGAGCGCCGGAGAUCCUGUCAAUCACACGUCCCCCCCAAGGUUUAAGUGAGAGGGAACGCUGCACAGGGGGGCGGAGCCAACACACACCAACCAAUCACUGCCCUCGAGGACACGCCCACUUCCGGAGCCUCCGCAUACGUUACCUCUGGUCACAUCAGCAUCUCACGAAAAGGGUUAAAGAUCCAUUCGAUCCUGCAUUUGCGGGAAAUUAAAGUCUAAGGAAAGGAGUUGUGUGCUGAACACAUAAGCAGACUAUCAGUUAAUGCUGGUUUUCUUUUGGUUUCUUUUUCAUGAUUUAAUAUGAAAGUAUGACAGGAGAUCAUGGUUCAUCUCAUUUUAUCCUGCUUGUGGCCUUCGGGAGCUUUUCGGCCUUGUUUAUUACAUUAAGCUGACUGAAAAAAAGAUGUUUGAUUUAAUAAUUUCCUUGAUUUUUAUUGCAUAUUAAGUUUAUUUUUCCCUGACUUCACUGUAACCCAAAGAAACACUAGAUCAUAAUGAAUCCUCUGAAAUAUUAAUUUCUCUGCUCAAGUGAAGGCUGUGAAGCUCCCGCUGAAGUGUUUACAGCUCUGUGACAAC